GCCGCCGGCUUCCCGCCACUUCCCGCGGUAGCGUCGAAUGUUUUUGUUGGUGUUCGCUUGCGCAGACCACAGCGGCGGGAACUUCAACGUUAGAUUUCGGUCAUCGCAAAUUGUAUUUCACAUGUGACACGACGAUCAAGCAUGCUUGAGUGAAUUAGCAGUUUAACAUAGUAAACAUGCCGACCUGCAGCGCGCCGGGCUGUCGAAGUGGCUAUGCUUCCGAGGAAAACACGUGCGAUCGGCGGCACUUCUUCAAACCCCCGAAUGACCCUGCAGUUCUCAAGGCCUGGACAGCUGCUAUUCCACGAAAAGCCUUCCAGGUGACAGUCAAGACCUACAUUUGCGACCUACAUUUCGAAUCCGAGGACAUAAUCUCUUGCUACGAGCACAUCGUAGGCGGAAACGUUGUCAAAAUUCCACGUGGUAGGUGGACACUUAAACCUGGUGCUGUUCCUCGAAUUUUUCCCAAUUCCUGCACACUUGUCCAAACCAGCGGCAUUAAAGCGCAAAGGAAACCCCCGAAACUUAGAGGAACCGCGAAUUUCGAGCGCCCUGUGUCGGCAAGUGGUGGCGAUGUGUCUGACGUUCACAUGGAUAACAGCGAUGUUGACGAAGCUACUGGCGUCCCCUCCGAUCCAGAGUUGUGUCCAGAGGUAGCAACUUGGUUCCCUGCAUUACAAGACCGAACAAAGUUCCAAUCCUGGAAUGUCGAGCUUAUCCAGGCAGAAGUUGUUCAAAACAAAGGUAUUGUCGAAAUCGACAAGGCAUUGGUGGUAACAAAAGACUUCACCGUUGUCCUCAGUUCUUGGGGGAAGCUUGUUCCCCCGUGCGCAUACAGCGAACAUGGUUUGGGAAGCCAGCUGAAACUCACGAGCCUGCAGAUGGUAUCAGCUUUUCUUAGUUAUGUUGAUCGCCUAAAAAUAUGCACGGGCUGUCAUAGCAGCUUAUUCCCUUCCAUUUCAACCGCAACAUCAGCCCUGAAGAUCCGGGACGUGUGGGGGAGCACUAAGUGUUUCGGGCUGUCCCGGGAAGACUUAUGCCCACCAUGCAAGAGCACAAGGAAGAAUCUGCGAGCACGAGAGAUGAAAAAAAAAGGAGAUAUCUACGAAACCAACGAGGCUUCACCAAAAAUUACGUUCGACUACUAAAAACCUAAGAAAGAGGGUUAUUAGGGCCACAGCUUUUCGAGAAAAAGCGAAGAACGACAUUCGAAAAAUGAAAACACAGCUUUCAAAAGUGUCUACCAGUCAAGUGGACGAACUCAUGACCGGCCUUCCUCCAGCACACAACUCGCUCUUCGUGCUGCGCUGAAAGCUUCAAAAGCGAAGUCAGCCAGAGGGAAGCGCUACGAAACCGAGUGGCUGAUGACUUGCCUGCUCCUUAAAAUAUCGAGCCCUGCUGCUUAUAGGCUGAUGUCAAAGAUGAACAUACUGCC